CGGCGGCGGCGGCCAUGGCGGCGCGGGGCCGGUGCCCCGAGUGCGGCUCGGCGUCGCUGGUGGAGGACGCGCACUACGCGCAGCAGCAGCUGGUCUGUGCCGCCUGCGGCUGCGUUCUGGCCGAGGGACUCCUCACCACCACCUACACCGACGAGGAGCAUCUGCGGGAGGUCGCCUAUUCCCAGAGCACUGGCCAGAAGGAGCAGCUGAGCCGCUGCCUGCAGCGAGGGAUCCGGCGCGUCCAGGACCUCUGCAAGGUGCUGCAGCUGCCGGCAGCGUUCGAGGAAACGGCUGUGUCCUACUUCCAGAGGGCCCUGCAGCUGCCUGCCUUCCACCUGGUCAGCCUGGAGAAGAAGGAGCUGCUGGGGGGCUGCUGCGUGCUGGUGACGUGCCGGCAGCGCCGCUGGCCGCUGACCAUGGGCACCGUGUGCUCCCUGCUCUACGCCAAGCAGGAGCUCUUUGCCAGCGUCUACCUGAGCCUGCAGAGGGAGCUGGGGCUCUCCGUGCCCGCCCUGAGCCUGGCAGACCUGGUGACAACGCACCUGAGCAGCUUCCGGCUGGUCCAGCCCACGGCCAGCGUCCCCGCGCCCUUCCUGGAGGACAAGGAGAAGCUGCUGGCCCGGACCAUGGCCAUUGUGGAGCUGGCCAGCGAGACGUGGCUGGUGACCGGCCGGCACCCCGUGCCCGUGGUCACGGCCGCGGCCUUCCUGGCCUGGCAGUCGCUGCGGCCCGGCCCGCGCCUCUCGUGCCCCUUGGCGCGGUUCUGCCGCCUGGCAGGGGUGGAGCUGCCCCCCCCGGCCCAGCUCAGGCUCAGGGAGCUGCUGGAGAUCCUGCUGGGAAUGGCCUCCCAGCUCUCCUGGCUGCGCGGCUUCCGCCUGGACAAGAAGACGGUGGUGAAGCACAUCGGGGACCUGCUGCAGCACCGGCUGUUCCUGCUGAAACGCGCCUUCAGCCAGCAGGACGGGCAGGAGCAGCAGGACACGGCCCCAGGGCAGGGCUCUGUGAGCCAGGGCUCUGUGAGCCAGGGCUGCCAGGACUCUGUGAGCCAGGGCUCUGUGAGCCAGGGCUGCCAGGACUCUGUGAGCCAGGACUCUGUGAGCCAUGGGUGCCCGGGCCAGAGCUCUCUGGACCCAGGCUCCCUGGAUAAGGACUCUCCAGGCCAGGAUUCCCCAGGUCAGGGCUCUAUGAGCCAGGGUUCCGUGGAUGAGGACUCUCCAGGCCAGGAUUCCCUAGCCCAGGGCUCCGUGAGCCAGGUCUGCCCAGGCCAGGGCUCUGUGGACCCAGGCUCCCUGGAUAAGGACUCCCCAGGCCGGGAUUCCCCAGGCCAGGGCUCCGUGAGCCAGGUCUGCCUAGCCCAGGGCUCUGUGGACCCGGACUCCCUGGAUAAGGACUCCCCAGGCCAGGUCUGCCCAGGCCAGGGCUCUGUGGACCCGGACUCCCUGGAUAAGGACUCCCCAGGCCAGGGCUGCCCAGGCCAGGGCCCCCCCAGCCCUCCUGCGGUGGCACAGCAGCAGGGCUGUCCCUCGGCAGGGCAGCAGCAGCGGGGGGCCACCCUGAGGCCCCUGCUGCCCCCCUGCCUCAUCCACCCCAGGAAGAGGCUGCGGCCGGCGGCUCCGAGCGCUCCGGCCGCGGCCGUGACGGGCGACGAGCCCAUCUCAGACAGCGAGAUCGAGCAGUACCUGCGGAGCCCCGAGGAGAUCCGCGCCUUCAGGAGGGCCAAGGCCUGGUCCUGAGGGUGGCUGUUGCCCAGAGGGACAGUUCUGGGACCAGAAGUGUGAAGCCCACCAGGGACAGAGUGAUUGUGCUGCAGGGAAGGAGGCUGCGUCCUCCUUAAUGUGCUGGACCAAAAUGGGGCUUUUUAUGGAGUGACUGCUUCAGGUCAUGUUGCAUUUCUGUUUUAAGUAAAUAAAAGCCCUCAGUGUCUUAAA